AAUAACGUAGUAAACUCAAUAAAGCGACAUAAAACUAUUCAAGAAGUAAAAUAAAAGUCAUAUCUAAUCAACAAUAAAUAAGAGGAAUUUGAUAAACAGUCACUCGAAAAAAUAACUUUAAUUAAAACAAAAGAGUUACAGUAAGAAAUGUGAUAAUAAUUUUUUGUAAGAAAUAAAAAUUACCAAAAACAAAAUUUUAAAGUAAAGAAAAUGUUUAUCUCAAAUACCACCGGCGGUCUUAUGUUGCAGACUAUGCUGUAUUUAGCCAAUCAUACCACCCAUACAGCAGUUCAUAGUUCGAAUGACUUAUUAGCGGCAACCACAAGUGAUCCCAAUGAAGUGAAAUGUUACGGUGUUUAUGGAUGCUUCCCUUUAAAUGGACCAUGGACUACAAAUACUCGGCGAAUCAAUGUUCAUCCUCAGAAACCUUCGGAAAUUGGUGUACGUUUCAUAUUGCAUACAACGAAAGCGAAAGAUAAACCUAAAUAUAUCGAUUUAAAUGAACCCGAAGCGCUACAUCACAUGGGCAUAAAUCCUAAAGGAAGACUAUUUUUUAUCGCUCAUGGCUAUUUGGAAACAGCAGACAUUGAUUGGAUGCCAGAAUUAUGCCAAAUGUUGUUAAAAUAUGAACCUGAAGGUCAAGCUGCUGUGAUUCUUAUAGAUUGGGGAAAUGGUUCGAGUCCCCCCUAUGUUCAAGCUGUAGCAAAUAUACGUUUGGUAGGGGCCAUCACUGCUCAUGUUAUGCACAUGAUCUAUGAAGAACUUUCUUUCACGGACUUAAGCAAAAUUCAUAUUAUUGGCCAUUCUUUGGGCUCCCAUUUGGCCGGUUAUGCUGGUUAUCAUUUACAAAAAGAUUUCGGCUUAAAGGUGGGUCGCAUUACUGGUUUGGAUCCGGCAGCUCCUUUAUUCGCUGAAACACAUGGUGUAGUGCGCUUGGAUCGCUCCGAUGCCCAUUUCGUUGACGUAGUACACACCGACGGUAAUUUAUUAGGUGGUUUAGGACUUUAUGAACGUUUGGGUCAUGUAGAUUUUUAUCCUAACGGCGGAAUGGAUAAUCCCGGUUGCGAUGGCCGCUUACACGAGUAUAUGCGCAAUAGCAAAAACACGAUUGUCGAAAAUAUGCAAAAGUUCGUUGGUUGCAAUCAUGUACGCAGCUAUCAGUACUUUAUAGAAAGUAUACGAAGCAAUUGUCCGUUUAUGGGUGUAAGCUGCGAUUCAUAUCAGAGUUUCAAAGCGGGGAAAUGUUCAUGUUGUAAUGAAAACGCUCAUCUAUGUAUGCGUAUGGGCUAUCAUAGUUAUGAAGAUUAUAGUAAACUGUUGAAACUCAAUAAAAUCAACACAUCAAAGCCACCUAUAAUAUAUUUAAUUACAGGAGAAGAAGCACCGUUCUGUCGGCACCAUUACAAAAUCACUGUACGGGUAGCUGGCCAUGAAGAGAGUAUUGCGCACGGUGGAGAAGUUGGCACCAUCUCGAUUCGUUUACAAGGCAAACAUCGUAAAGAGUCUACAGAGAAUAUGAAAUUUUCUGCAAAACCUAUAUACUUUGAACCGGGCUUUGAAUAUACAUCAUUAGUGGCGGGAAAAAGUAUAAAAAAUCCCGUUUAUGCAGCUGUUUCCUGGGAAUAUGAAACAAGCUUAUUUAAUCCGCUCACUUGGCGCAUUUUGGCCUCACCUCGUAUAUAUAUAUCAUAUAUAUUCAUAGAGCAUAUGGAGACACCACAUACCCAUUUAAAAUUAUGUCCCGUUAACGAGACGUCUGCUCUAAUAGCGGGCAAUCAAACCAUAAUGCAAACAAAAUAUUGCUGAGGAUGAAAAUCAAAGGAAAUUAAAAAAAAAGUGUUUCAGCCAAGAUAAAAAUUAAUAUCCAACUACAAAGCAGCAUAGGAAAUUAAUAGGCUACCUUGUGUUAAAAA